AUGUCUGGCGCACAAGCCCCCGACAUCCGCACCCAGACGCUUUCGACGCCGGUGGACGUGGCCGAAUAUCUUUUCACCCGCCUGCGCCAGUUUGGUAUCCGCUCCGUUCACGGUGUGCCCGGCGACUACAACCUCGUGGCCCUCGACUACAUCCCCAAGUGCGACCUCAGCUGGGUCGGCAGCGUCAACGAGCUCAAUGCCGCCUACGCAGCCGAUGGCUAUGCCCGCGUCAAGGGCGCGGCUGCCUUGGUCACGACUUUCGGCGUCGGCGAGCUGUCGGCCCUAAACGGUGUUGCCGGUGCCUAUGCCGAACAGGUCCCUGUUGUCCACAUUGUCGGCUGUCCCUCUACCAUUGCCCAACGCCAUGGCAUGCUGCUGCACCACACAUUGGGCAACGGCGACUUCAAUGUGUUUUCCGACAUGAGCAAGCACGUCAGCUGCGAGCUUUCCAAACUGGUGAACCCUAGCGAAAUCGCCGACCAGAUCGACCACACCCUGCACCAGUGUUGGCUCCACAGCCGACCCGUCUACAUUAUGCUGCCCACCGACAUGGUCCAGAAGAAGGUUGAGGGCGACCGGCUACGUACACCGAUUCGUCUCGAGGACCACGAGAACGAGCCAGAGAGCGAGGACUAUGUUGUGGAUGUCGUUCUCAAAUACUUGCACGCCGCCAGAAACCCCGUUAUUUUGGUCGACGCGUGUGCCAUUCGCCACCGUGUUAUCGACGAGGUUCACAAACUCAUUGAAAAGACCAGGCUGCCGGUAUUCGUCACUCCCAUGGGCAAGGGUGCUGUCAACGAGGAGCACUCGACGUAUGGCGGUGUAUAUGCUGGCGUUAGCUCCCACGCCGACGUCAUCAAGCAUGUCGAGGGAUCCGACCUGAUUCUCUCCAUCGGAUCCCUCAAGAGUGACUUCAACACCUCGGGGUUCUCGUACCGCACAUCGCAGCUUCGGACAAUUGACUUCCACAGCACCUACACUGCCGUGCGUUAUUCUCACUAUCCCGGUGUUGGUAUGCGCGGCGUGCUCCGGAAGGUGAUUGACCGCGUUGACCCCAGCAAGCUCAAUGCCCAGCCCAUUGAGCACAAGCAACCCGUCUUGGAGAAACCAGAGGCGUCCGGUACCAUUACGCAGUCUUGGUUCUGGCCAAGAAUCAGUAGCUUUCUUCAAGAGGACGAUGUCAUCGUCACUGAGACGGGCACAGCCAAUUUUGGCAUUUGGGAUACCGUGUAUCCUAAAGGCGUCACUGCCCUGAGCCAGGUCCUUUGGGGAAGCAUUGGGUGGUCGGUCGGUGCCACCCAAGGUGCAGCUCUCGCCGUGAAGGAUAUGGGCGCCAACCGCCGUACGAUCCUUUUUGUCGGAGAUGGGUCCUUCCAGCUAAGCGCCCAAGAAUUGAGCACAAUGAUUCGCAGCAAGCUCAACCCCAUCAUUUUCCUGAUUUGCAAUGAUGGAUUCACCAUUGAGAGGUAUAUCCACGGCAUGGAUGCCGACUACAACGACAUUUCGGCGUGGAAGUUCAAGGACCUAGUCACCGUCUUCGGUGGCACAGAGAAGAACACAGCUAAAUUCCAGGUCAAGUCCGUUGCUGAGCUUGACCACCUCCUAGCUGACAAGGAUUUCAUUGCCGCAAAACGUCUUCAGUUCGUGGAACUAUAUAUGCCUAAGGAAGACGCACCGAAGUCUCUUGUGUUGACGGCAGAAGCUAGUGCAAAGACAAAUUCCAAGACGGAGUAG